AUGUCUGCACUAGGCGAUAUCCUUGCGGUCGCCCAGACUCUGUUGCAGUUGAUCUUGGUUCUUCCACUCUUCUGGGCCUUUUAUAUCCACGCCAAAGGCUAUUUCCAUCGUUUCCUCCGAUCCGUCCAUCGCAAAAUCCGCGUUGCACUCCGAGAUCGCCAUCACAAUGCCCUGCGAGACCACAGAUUGAUCCUCCCUCUCCACCGUCACGAGCCGAACAACCCACCUAUAUUCAUCACCUUCGUUGGCUGGGUGCAGCGUAUCGAUGGUCCUGUUAUAUAUUGA